GACCUGCGCCAAUUUCGACAGGGAGAAUAAAAUAGAAUGACGACGGCAAUUAAAUCAAUCAGUGCAAUCGAGUCAAACUAGUCAAUCAAAUCGCAGCGACGAUCCCAACAACGUUUCCCAGGGUGGCAUGCAGCAAAAUGAGUUAGGCCGUGGGAGUAUGUGCGAAAGGACGCUGGGAUCCAUGCAGCGAAUCGAGACGUUGGGAUUCGGAAAGCGCCUUCUUUUUUUUUUUUUUUCUUCCCUUCUUUUUCCUUUCCCGGAUUGUUUGCUGGUUGGUUCGUGUGGCGGUUGUUGUUUCCUGGGUGUUUGAUGUAGCCCUAGGCCGAUAGACUGAAUCACGUAGCAGACAGA